GCCAAUCAUCGCUGCUUGUUGAUCUCGUUUACGUUAGUUUAGUUAGUUAAAUGCACGAAAUGACCUCGAGUCAUGACGCCAAGUUUAAAGGCUGAUUCUCGGCUUGAUUUAUUAAUAAUAAAGUGUUUUUAAAGACAGAGACAUGUAUUAUUCGAGUAAAAGACGGGGUGAAGAUGGAAUCGGCGCCAUCAUUGACUUCCUGCUGGCCAACGCCCGACUGGUGCUCGGAGUGGGUGGUGUCGCCGUCCUAGGCAUCGCUACAUUAGCUGUGAAAAAGCUGAUCGAACGUGCCGGUCGGCCUCCUGACGAAGAGAAUCCUGAGAAGAAGAUGACGGACAGCUGGGAGGAUCUAAGCCUGGUCAGUUCCUCCCCUAAACUGCUGCAGAAAGGCAUCGAGGGUGUGGUGAUAAAACAAAUUCCUGCAGCCUCCAAGAAAGCUGACCUGUCUCAGUCUGCAACUCAGAGCCAAUCUCAGACUCAGAAGCCCAGCUCAGACGUGUCUCAGACACGCAGACGGUUAGACCUGUGUGUGUCGACCUUCUCAGAACGACUGGAGCAGUAUUACCGAACACGUGUGUGUCUGUCCGCGGGCGAAGUGUCCCGAGCUCAACAGAGGGCGCUAGACAUCGCUACAGAGAUCCAGGCUUUCCUGCUCUCCAAACACCCUGACAUGCCCCGGGGGGAGAUGACGUUAGCGGGGUCGCUGCUCGACAACCUGCAGGUGGUCAGGGCAGAUCAUGCCUGCCUGCUGGUUCCACUACAGCUGGAACCCAGUCUGUGGACCCCGAUAGCAGGAGAGGACACGUUUCUUGGCCAUCCUCAGUACUGCAUGUUACGCCGAGAAAACCUUGAGUACUUCCCCCGUGGGCGGAGCUACUGGGACAGACACCUCCUCGGCGGCUACCUCUCGUCACAGCUCAUCGCUGAGCAACUACGCAAAUCAAUAACAGAGUCCAUGAACUGGCCAUCACUGAGUGGAACCCUGGAGUGCGAGGUGCGCCCGGUGCUUGGGUCUCCCGCCCUAAAGCUGGAAAUACAAGGUCUAAGAGAAAGUAGACAUCAUUUUGACGAAGAGCAGCUGUUUAUUAGCAUUCUGCCGACCGUUCGCUUGGGGGACAUGACGCUAACGGCACAGCCAGAAAUCACCGGCUCGUUCGACUACGUGUGGUACCAGAGCUUCUACACCAGAGAAACCGCUCGACUGGCCAGCCUCGACCAAUCAGAAGGGGAGACGGGCGUUCGAAGGAAGUGCCUCAAGACGCUAAAGGCAGUGUGUAGGAACUGCCCCACCCUCCACAAACUGACCGGCGCACAGCUCAGCAACCUCAUCCUGCACAUGAGUGAGAAGGAGUCUGAUUGGUCAGAGUCUGCGUUCGCUGAUAGAUUCCAGCAGGCCAUCACAGAGCUGAUUGGCUACCUGGAGACGGGCUUCCUGCCCAGUUACUUUAAACCUGCAGUGAAUCUUCUGCAGGGCUUCACCGAGGACGACAUCGACGAGAUGGGCUUCAUGCUCUACUGUGCCGUGAGCGAGCCUGAGAUACUGCUCAUAUAAUGUGCUGGGCUUCUAACACACACACACACAAUCUUUUGACAUGUGAGUUGAUGGUGAUGUGCUCACUUUAUCCGAAGCUGGUUUAGUGCCACUGCAACCAAAGAUGCCCAACACCAAAUCUGUCGGCGAGAGACGUUUCUGACCGAAGUGUUUGAAAUCAUCCAAUAGGAGGACAGAAUUGUAUAAGCCCAAACCUGCAGGACAGCAACAAAUACAAUAGGAAAAGUAAAUGUUACAUGUUGAAUCGCUUCAUCGCAGGAAGAGAGACGGACAGUUUCAGAUUCCUUCGUCCUUACUACAUAAAGAACACUGUGAAGAACCGACGUUCGUGUCGUCUUUUAUCUGGAGAUAAACACCAAAACGUGUUCUACAAAGAUUUAAAGUCUGGGUUCUUCUUCAGGCACGACAUCACCGUCACGUCACGGAGGGUGCGAUCUGACGGGACGAGAACGUAGCCAUGAGAUUGUUAGAGAAUUUGUUUGCAUUGCACUUUAACAAACUGCUGUACAAAUUACAAACCGCACCUUUAAAGCAGGUAGUAAUCCAUAGCAUUUAAACAGAACCUAAAGCAGAUAUUUUUAGCGUGAACUGCUGUAGACCCGAGACACACUCGCCCAGCGUGAGAUACGAAUGUGUGUGUUUUACAGCUCACAACAAACCAGGGGCUGGAAAAUCAUGUAGCCGCAAAUCUAUAUUAAGUAAAUAAAAAGUAUUUUGAAUAAAGAC